AUGGAUCAAGAGAAGAGAGCGAUGAGAAUGAGGAACAUGAAGAAGGAGGCUCUCACUGCCUUCACGGCAGCCCAAGAGCGUGCUGGAGUCAUUUAUAUUUCAAGAAUACCCCCUGGCAUGCAACCUUCGAAAGUGCGCCAUUUACUAGGUGCUUACGGCGCUAUUGGACGCGUUUAUCUGCAACAAGAAGAUGCCAAACGUGCGUAUUUAAGGCGCAAGUAUACUUCAACCAAAAAACCCCACUACACCGAGGGCUGGGUCGAAUUUAAGGACAAGAAGAUUGCUCGCAGCGUGGCCGAGAUGCUCAAUGCCCAACCCAUCGGGGGCAAAAAGGGAACGCGAUGGCGUGAUGACAUAUGGACCAUGAAAUAUCUCCCCAGAUUCAAGUGGUAUAUGCUAACAGAGCAAGUUGCUCACGAGGCAGCAAUACAUAGGGCCAAACUUCGCGUCGAGCUUUCUCAAUCUAAGGCGGAGCAACAACAGUAUCUGAGGAACGUCGAACUUGCGCGUGUAUUGGAAAAACGUGCCGCGAAGAAGCGAGAAAAAGGAGAAGAAUUCGAGCUACAGCCAAUUAACCAACCAAAGAAAAGACCGUCAGAGGAAGAGGGGGAAAGUAGUCGAAAGAAGAAUAAACAGCAAUGCGUAGACAGACAAGACGACCCUUUAGAUAGUGUCUUGAACAACGUAUUCUAG